AUGAGCAAGGUUUUCUUUGACGUUUCCGCCGACGGCCAAAAGUUGGGUCGUAUCACCUUCCAAUUGUACGACGACGUCGUCCCCAAGACCACGGAAAACUUCCGGGCUCUUUGCACUGGCGAAAAGGGUUUCGGCUACAAGGGGUCUGCUUUCCACAGAGUGAUCCCCGAGUUCAUGUUGCAAGGGGGUGACUUCACCCGCGGCAACGGUACCGGGGGCAAGUCGAUCUACGGCGAAAAGUUCCCCGACGAAAACUUCGUCAAGAGACACGACCGCCCUGGCUUGUUGUCGAUGGCCAACGCCGGCCCCAACACCAACGGGUCGCAGUUCUUCAUCACCACCGUCAAGACCCCCUGGUUGGACGGCAAGCACGUUGUGUUUGGUGAAGUUGUCGACGGCUUCGACAUUGUCAAGAAGAUCGAAGGCUUUGGCUCCAACUCCGGCGCCACCUCGGCCAAGGUUGUCAUUGACGACGCCGGCCAAUUGUAA